GUCUUGAAGGAUCAGACACUGGCUCCAGUGAGAAAAAGCUAUGGCUUCUACAGCAAUCUCACCUGUCCUUCAAAUCCUCCCAUCACGAUGCCGAUUAAACAUCACCGUCCGCGCCGCCGCAGUGAAAUCGCUGCCAGAAUCUCUCUCCGCUAGAAGAACGCGGCGACAGACACUGUUGUUCCUGACGGCAACGGCGGCGGCGGCGGCGGUUGUGGGUAGAGAGAAUCCGUCAGUGGCGGAGGACAUUCCUCUGUUCGGUCUGAGGAAGAAGCUCAAGAAGGUGGAGGAGGAGGCGGAGGAGAUCGUGAGGGAAGGAUUCGAGGCGGCGGAGAAAGGACUGGAGACGGCGGAGCGAGGGAUUGUGACGGCGGAGCAGGGGAUUGUAGCGGCAGAGAGAGGAAUUGAAACGGCGGAGAAAGAAAUUGAAACGGCAGUGAAUUUCGGAGCGUUAUCGCAGGCUGGGGCGGUCGCCGGAGCUGAGGUCGUUGGAGUUCUCGUUGCUACGUCGAUUGUUAACGGUAUUUUGGGUCCUGAAGGGCAGAGUUAAAUUAAAUGUGUGUUUUAUGUAAUUCAGGUUUUCCCCCCUUUUUACAGCUUUCUUGUGUUUAUAAUUAUUAAUAAACUAAAUGUUGUUGUAAUAUUUGAUAAAUUAUGUAGCUUUAAAAGGUGAUGAUAAAUAUGGUGAAGAAUUGAGUGACUC